AUGAACUGGGCCAAAUGUGUGCUGAGCCUGCCCGAGAGUUUGAACCUGCACCGCGACCAGCAGCGCUCGGGGCGGGGGGGCGAAGGUCAGGGCUACUCACAGGCCGAGCUGCGCACGCUGGAACAGUCGCUGCUCGCAACCCGGGUGGGCAGCAUCGCAGAGCUGAGUGAUCUGGUAUCCCGGGCCAUGCACCACCUGCAGCCCCUGCACAUCAAGAACUCCAGCAACGGGACCCCGGUCCACCAGAAGACCCCCAACACCACAGUGCACUGGGAGCCCGAGGCCCUCUACACCCUGUGUUACUUCAUGCACUGCCCACAGAUGGAGUGGGAGAACCCCAACGUGGAGCCCUCCAAAGUCUCCUUACAGACCGAGAGGCCGUUCCUGGUCCUGCCUCCCCUGAUGGAGUGGAUCCGGGUGGCGGUCGCUCACACGGAGCAUCGAAGAAGCUUCUCUGUGGACAGCGACGAUGUGAGGCAGGCCGCCAGGCUGCUGCUGCCCGGAGUUGACUGUGAACCCAGACAAAUAAAAGCAGAGGAUUGUUUCUGUGCCACAAGGAAGCUGGACGCCGCCUCCACAGAGGCCAAGUUCCUGCAGGACCUGGGCUUCAGGAUGCUCAACUGCGGACGGACGGACCUGGUGAAGCAGGCCGUGAACCUGCUGGGUCCGGAUGGCCUCAACAGCAUGAGCGAACAGGUCGGGAAUACUUAA